UAGUACAGAGAACUAGAGAAGAAAUUGGCUUUGCCCUCCACGGUCGUGCUCGCGCAGAGCUUCGAUCCAUCAGGCUAUGUGGCCCCGUCUUCAAUUCCACAGGUUUACAACCCUAAUCCAGAAAAUAAUGUCAGUCAAGCCCAGUAACGCGUAAUAAGAGAAAUAAAUUGAGACGGAGGGAGUAUAAAUUAGCUCAAGACGAGAUUCAGAGGCGUGAGAGUUUGGGACUUCGUGGUCACAAAAAUGUGGAUCCACCUAUGCGUUGGGAGCAACAAUAUGGGUUUGUUAUCCAUGAAUCAGUCAAUUGGCUGCAUACUGUGUUGCAAUUAUGGUACAGCAAUCACUCCCAACAUUGUCAAUAUGUGUGUGAAUUGACUCCCUUUGGUGAUCAGUUCACUGAAGGAAUGAUGCCAUGUUUACCGUGAAUACUCAUCUUGGUCAUCCCUUAAAGCCUGGGCCUGGGGAUUAUGCACUUGGUUAUGAUCUUCAGGGUGCCAAUUUUAAUAAGGAAGAAGCAGAACAUUGCAAAGCUUCACUCCCAGGUGCCCGCUUUCUCUCAAACCCAGAGCACUGAACCCAACGGUGAACCCUAUUUCCUCAUCGUCUUCGCCUACUCGCCACGGCCACCAUUGAAGAAUAUCAACAGUCGUUCGUCCACCAUUGAAGAACAUACAGACAGAGAGAAAGCCCAACUUAGAGAGAGAAAGAGAAGACAGUUGGAGUUGAUCACGAGAAGAAUUGGAGGAGGAAGAUCAGAUUAAUGCAAUUGCUGAUGAAGGAGAAGAUGAGACAAAGCUCAUCCGUCAAGCAAGGAUGGCUGCCUGCAGACUCUAGUGGCUGUUUUGCCCCGCAAACAUAACCUAUUGUAAUUGGUUUAAGAUGGCAAUCGGGACUUGAGUUGCAUUUCUUUGUGGGUUGAUUUUGCUUUUACCCUCCCAAAGACAUGAUGUUGGGGGUAAUGCAAGGUUGAUUUAUAAGAGGAUUCUGAUGCAUGAUCUUUUGCAAGAGUGAGUGUAAUCAAAAUGUGGCCACAUCUUUUUACAUAUCUUACAUCAUGCAUGAGAAUCCUCUUAUAAAUCAACCUUGCAUUAUCCCCAACAUCCUGUGUUUAGGAGGGUAAGAGCAAAAUCAACCCACAAAGAAAUGCAACUCAAGUCCUGAUUGCCAUCUUAAACCAAUUACAACAGGUUAUGUUUGCGAGGCAAAACAGCCACUAGAGUCUGCAGGCAGCCAUCCUUGCUUGACAGAUGAGCUUUGUCUCAUCUUCUCCCAGAAGGAUACACAUCAGCAAGCAUAAGAAACAUUUUUGAAUGUGGUGGUUCAUCUGAUCAAUGAAAUCAUUGCUGCUAAACACCCAUUGUUAUCACUGUAGAGAUGUUGAAAAAACUUCUUAACUUGUG